AUGUCCGCUUCUGUCAAGGGUCUACUUGAUAUCUUUGGUGAAGAGGGUGCAUUCAUAUUUCUUGAUCGAGGAACUCGCAGCCCACCCAUUGUUCAUGUCCAAACCACAGCAGACCUCAUUGCCUCGGGCCAGCCUGUCACAAUUGUCACCGAAGGAGGCGUGUUGCUUGCAACGGUUGAGUUGUACAAGUAUCCCAGUCUGUUCGCAGAUAUGAUUCGCAGGAUUGCUGAUGACAGCAGCACGAGAGCAGUGUAUUCAGACAGUGUGGAAUUAGCAGAGCAUCUUGCACGCGAGAUCAUGUUCGCUCCAGGACUUCCCUACUUCCUCGCCAUGUCUAGCAUGACAUCUGGCAAAUUAGUGAAGACAUUUCCAAAGUGUCUGCCUCCCUUGCACCUGCUCCAACACUAUUUAUUUCGCGCUUCCCGCGUCAGAGGGAACCACCUUAUCAACAUCUUUUCUGAAGUAUCCGCAAAUGUUAACAAUAGAUUGCGAAGACGGUCAAUCCAAGCAGGCGACAGUCUGCUCGUUGUGCAUCGGUUAACUGCGAAUGGCAAUGAACUGGGACGCGGACCUCCUGGCAUCCAGGGUUGGGCAGUUCGCGUGUGGCCUGACUUGACAAGGUUUAUUGGAAUCACCGGAGGGCCUGUUGCUGCCUUCGUUCUCAAGGCAAGUUCUAGUGUUGAAUUUUUACUACUCAACUAA